AUGUCCCUGAUAGACCUCUUGGGGAACACUCUUUCACAGACUCACAUUCACGAACUUCCCUUGGAGAUUCUCAUCCAGAUCUUUUCCAAUCUUGAUCCCAUCCAGUUGAAUACCAUUAGAUUGGUGUGCAAACGGUGGAGGUUUGCUGUGUCCGACAAGGAGACAUGGCUCAACUCAUUUAGUUUGAAGUUCGGCACAUCUAGGAGCUUUCCUACCUUGACUGACUCAAGACAGUGGAUGGUGGAGUACUUCGAUCGUUUAAGGUGUCUCAAGAAGUGGAACAAAGCAGUGGCGAUUCAUAAGUCAUACCUUUUGAUCAACAACGAGUUCAGAAACGUGGCAACGUGUGUCUCUAAUUUCAAUAAUAACGAAGGCUGGGGAAAGCUUAUGACGUUCUCCCCAAGAUUCGGAAAUAUUGCCAUUUGUAAUCUCAAGAACGGGAGAAACCAGAGCUUUAUUCCUGGUGGGAACAACGUAUUCGGGCAAAUCUUCAGCUACGACAUUAAUUGGAACUACUUGUUAAUGGGGAGAGCAGAUGGUGAAGUGGUUUUGAAAAACCUCUUAACAUCCACCUCAUCUGGUGCCAAUCGUUCUUCACAACUGACAUUCAUUGAUGAUCUUGAUUCGAUAAAAAGCCCAGUGACUGCUGUAUGCUUGAACUCCUUGACCAAUAUUGACAAACACAAGCAAAGGGUCGACAUAAUAUCAGGUACAUUGAAUGGUAAAUUGAGAUUGUGGAAUUUAAGCAAGGUAUUGGUAAAGGUCAUCGAGUUCGAGAAUGAGUCAAUUAUCAAUAUCAGGUCAGACUUCAAGAGUUUUAUCAUAAUUAAUACCCAGAUUAACGUCUACGUUAUACACUUUUCUAAUCAUACGAUCUUGGCCCAGAUACCACUUGGCUUUGAAAUUGAAUUGUCGGACAAUACUUUUGUUCCGUCCAACUACUUUUACGGAACACCUGGCCCUGAUGCAAAGAAUAACUUGGAUGUCGAUUUCGGAGAUUCUAACAUCAUAAUUACUUACAGGUCACAUAUUAGAGUUUUCAACUUUAAAGUACCCACUGCCAUUAAAAGCAGAGAGUUAGACUUGCCCAACGAUAUGUUUGUGACAUUAUCCAGCAUGCAGACAUGCCCCAGUCAUAAGACAGGCUCACAUUCGUCACGGAAUGUCAAGCUUGUGGGGCUGGAUGAACUCCUUUACGCCAAUGCCCUCAGUGACGGGAGUGUGAUUACUUGGAAGAUACGUGAUUUUACAGACAAACAUAUCAUUCCUCAGUGCAAGAUAACACCCGAGUUCAGCAAGUACUCGCCUGACCUCUCCAACUACAUUGGCAACGAGAACUUCGGAACCAUUACCGCAAUUGCAUUGAACGGGGUAGUAGUGGCCAUCGGAGGCUACAACGGGUUUACCAACCUCCACAAUGUUUUUACAGGAGAGUUUAUCAAAGAAGCAUCUGUUAAGUACCCCAAGAAGAUGUCCCAUAUGUACAACGAGUUGAUUCCAGUGAACCGCAUCUUGUUGAACGAUGUUCCCAAAGAAACCAACGGAUUAAUUGUAUGCGGAGACACGGUGCAAUAUUUCCAGUUUGGAGAAACCGAGCUCAUCAACAGCUCCACCACUUCGGGCACUUCAGGAGUCCACAAAAAGAAAAUCAACUCUGGGGUACUCAACAAGCACGAGUCCAAAAAGAAGAUCCGAGACCAGAUUGAUGACUACGACACCCAGGUGUACUUGGAGAGCGAGAGACAAAAAAUGUUUGAAAAAUACAAUGGGCUGUUCGACGAGGAGGACGAGCUUUCCAUUGCUCUAGCCAUGAGUCAGAGCCAGGCCCCACCCAUCGACGAAGACGAAGAGCUUGCGCGGGUGCUAGAACUCUCCAAGCUCGCUCAGAAGGAAGAAAUUCACGUGGCACAAGUGCGAGAUCCGGACCCGGAGUCAGAUUUGGCGCCAGCAACAGAGGGAGCACUGGUAGACGAGGAUGACGAGUUGCGGAGAAUCCUAGAACUAUCAUUGAUAGAGCAAUAG